AUGGUCAAAGACUACUUCAACCCGAAUACUUUCCAUGCAGUUCAUGAUGAUGCUUUGAAGCCAGAUAUGGCCAUCGCAUUUGGUUAUUCAGAAGCCGCCAUCCUAUCUUGUAUUGUAGUCUUCACUGUGAUCAUUCUAGCUCCAAUCGUUAUAGGCUUAUUUCGCAUGGAAGGCAAUACGACAGUGGUGGGAAGUGAUUCCGCCGCCAUCUCAGCGGCAUGCCAUGUUUCGACAGUUUCGAAAAUCAGCGAGCCCAGUGAUCGAAACCAAACGAAAUACCACCAGGCUGUCAAAAGUCACAAGGGCGACUAUGUUAACAAGAGAGAGGUGAGAUUUGCGACAGAGAAUAGUGGGCCCGCAACGGUUGUGUGUCCUUCCGAUCAAACGGAAAGCGUCACGGACUUGGAGCGAAGUUUCAACCAAGAUGGCAGCGAGUUGCUCCGGCGCGACAGUAGCGACGAUCUUUUUGUUCUACCGCUGUCCGAAGAUCAGCAACGUCUGUUGAUAUCCCAGAGUCGGAUUAAGUGGGGUGAAGUGGAAAUGGGAAUUGAAUGGUGCGCGAGAUAUGAGAACUUUCCGCAAUCUGUGGCGCAUCUGAGUUUUGGAGUAGAAGAAGAUAACGUCCAAGAGCCAGUAGAUGGUCGUUGGUAUGCCUGA